CGUCAUUAAAACCGCAUGUGCACUUCAGUCAUAAAGAAGUUGUGUUGCUGUACAGUUACACCUGUCUGAAGCUAUGAGGAAAAUCAUCCAUACAGAAUUUGUUUAAAAGCAGUUUUUGAGCAAAAUGCAAGGUGCACUUUUGAUAUUUGUGGGAUUCGCCUUCCUAGGUCAAGUCUAUUCAACAAAAAAUAUUAUUCACAAUAGUCAAGUAAAUGGAACUCAAGGAAAAGUUUCAACUAUAAGUACACAUAUUCCACAUUUUAAAUUUCCUGCUGAAAAUUGCAGAUGCCAGUGGCUUAUAAAUAAUAAAACAAUUGAGAACAACUACGGUCGUUUCAAAUAUUCCGAAGACAGAAAUACAGGAACAUCCACCAUUAAGAUUAAUUCUACUCAACGCAAUGAUACAGGACACUACAAGUAUGUGUGUUGUGAUAGGAUUGAAUCGCAAGAAACAUUUUUAUAUGUCAUUGAAUUUCCCUCCAAAGAAUAUCCAAUAAUAGAAUUUAAAGUAAACAAUGGACUGCUUGUGGUAAACUUUAUCACAGAGAAACUUUCACCAAUCCCAAACUUAACGCUAAAUGGAGAGAGACAUGUUUUAUACAAAAACGCCACUCACUUUUGGAUUAAUAAGACAGUUCUAAUUACAUCUAACAUUACAAACGUGACAUAUGUUGGUGUAUUGUACUUAAAGGGUUAUUACAGACGAAUCAAAGCUAUAAAUGGAUCAAGAAUAGCCGAGUAUUGGAACAAAACUGAAGACGACACGCCUCCAGAUGAAGGAGACACGCCCUCUAAUGAAAAAUACAAUUCUGCUUCCUCAACAGUAGGCCUACAAAUAGCUGGAGUAACAGUUGGAGUGAUCCUUAUCAUUGUAUGCUUGUGUAUUUCAAUCUAUUUUUUAAGAAAAUCUCGAAACACAAAAGCCAAUAAGUCAGUCACCUAUACAGCAUUUUCAGGACACUUAAGUAUCAAUGGUAUACCUGUACCAGAGAGAGCAGGUGCAGUUUGAAGCCACCAACUUGCAUUAUCAAUUUAUGCCUACACAAAUGAUUGGCUCCACAAUAAAUAAUUGCUUUUGCUUGUGUUUAUUAAAGAAUUAUGUUUAUUAAUGAAUGACAGAUAGUUUAGAAUCUUUUUACAUUUGUUUUGUAUUGUUUUUAAAAAAAUUAUAAAUGAACCAAAUGAUAUUUAGACAAUCUGAAGGUACAUGUUUGAAUAAUUAUUCUGAGCAUGGAGGUAUGUUCUGAGCCAUGCACACUUGUUGCACUUGGCCAGACAGCCAUAUGGAAGCUUGCCUACCAUCGUGGCAAUGUUUGGCGAUUUUUAGCACUGUACAGCAUAAACAUAGGCAUUUACCACUGAGACAAUGUAAAAAUACUAAAUUAUGGGAAUUGACACUGUAUAAUGUAAUGUACUUAUGAUGUAAUUUAAAAUGUGUUUAUAGUAAUUAUGUAACAAAAUAAUAAUACUACUAUGCUGUACUGUUUUCUAUACUGUAUAUUUAUACUGAAUUAUAAAUGUUUGUUGUUUUAUGGUAUACUAAGAGUAAUCUUAAGAGGCUAUAAAAAAACACAUUGUUUUUGUAUAUAAACUACUUAACCUACUUCAAUUUCAUUCAGUAGUAUUUAUAAAUAUAAUUUAUAAUGUGUUUAUAAUAAUUAAGUAAUUAAAUAAUAAUACACUACUAUGCUGUACUGUAUUUUAUACAGUAUGUAUUUAUACUGAAUUAUGUUUGUUGUUUUUAUGGUAUACUAAAACAGAUAAGUGUAACUUUCUUUGCUGUAAAAAACACAUGGUAUAAAAAAUACUAACCUACUGUACUUUAUUUUCAUUCAGUAUGUUAGAGUCAGACCCCAGAGGAAAACAAUUUUUUGAUAUGUUGUAGAACUAAUUUUUUUAAGACAAAAAAAAAGUUAGACGAAAAACUGGGGAACGGUGAAUGAGAUGCAUUUUGAAUAAAUGUACUUUGUUCCUAUUUAGAAAAAGAAUAAAACACUAUUAUUUAUCUUUGUACCAUGAUUAACUAAUUUUAUAUGUAAAUGUGUGCAUGCAUUCUAUGUAUAUAAGUAUACACACCUAUUUGUUUUUAUAUAGUUAAUUUAUGUUUUUUUUUGUAUUGUAUGUGGUCAGGGUGAGACAAGAAUAUACACUUCUAAUAUUGAUCCCACUGAUGGACACUAUUAUUUAUUUUUUUGCAGUUCUGUUUUUUAUGUAUCAUUUUUGUAUCAUUAUGUUGACUAUUUUGAAUAAAUGUAGUUUUGAACUAGAA